UUUCUUCCAUCGGUUAGCCAGAUCCAGAAUGCCUAUCACGCUGUACUAUUAUCCCAUGGGCCCACCGGCUAGGGCAAUCAUCCUUCUAAUUAAAGAAUUGGGGCUCAAUGUACAGCUCAAGGUUGUGGAUUUGCAAGCCGGGGAAACGCGAACCGAAGAAUUCCUCAAGAUGAAUCCACAGCACACGGUUCCUACCCUGGAUGAUAAUGGAUUCUACCUGUGGGAAUCCAGAGCCAUCCUAGCUUACCUGGUGGAAACCUAUAGCCCAGGUCACACACUAUACCCAACCAUACCCCGGGAAAGGGCAGCCAUCAAUCGUAUUCUGCAUCAUGAUUUGUCCACACUGUACGCCCACACCACACUCAAGCUCAUGCCAAUCUGGAUGCGUCAAACUACCGUCGUCAGUGAGGACAUGAAGAAGGAAUUCUACGAAGCACUGGAAAAAUUAGAGCGAUACCUGAUCCGUAACGAAUGGUUUGCCGGGGAAAAUAUCACGCUUGCCGAUAUCUCGUUGUUACCAACUAUUGCCUCCAUGGUGCACACCGGUGUGGAUUUCACCCGGUUUCCGAGGUUGGCCGCUUGGUAUGAGAAUUGUAAGAUUCUCAAGGGGUACGAAGAGGAUCAACAAGUUGCUGAACAAGCUGGUGCCUACUUUAAAUCGCUGGUAACGGAAGGUUUUUAAGGUUUUCUGUACCUACCGGUUCUUUUCGAUAUUACAUAUUAAGCCCCUUCGCUGGGCGCGUGUGUCGAUUAUGUUAUCAUCUGCGGUAAUGUCUGCGGUUGUUUUUAACUGAUAGUUGAUGA